CGGGGGACAGGGGCGGGGGAGGGCCUCCGCACUAAAGACCGGGCCUCAAAAUGGCCACACGCGUCCCCCCGUCGCUGCAAAACACCGCCCAGGACCACACCGCGGCCUAACUGCUGGUCUCUCGAGAGAGGGGGAAGCAAAGACCCCCGUCCACCGCCUGGACCUCGGCUCCCGCCCCUCUCCGGCGGAGUAGUGGAGAUCCUGUUCAGAGGGACCGGUCUCUCUAAAUAUGCCCCAGGAUCUGCUCCAUGAGUGGGGGAGCCUGGAAUUAAUCAGAGGGUAUAAAUGUGUUAUAAGGAGAGCUUGAGCUCAGUCCAGCGAUUGCAGUGCACAUCGUUUGUCAUUCGAUUAGAAACUGGGCUGAAGCACGUGUCACUGAGCACACUACACAUUGGGACAGUAAGGAUGACGGAGCGGCCGCCGAGCGAGGCGGCACACAGUGACCCCCCGCUAGAGGGACGGGAGGCGGCCGAGGCCCGCAUGGCCCCCCCGCACCUGGUCCUGCUGAACGGCGUCGCCAAGGAGACAAGCCGCGCGGCCCCAGCCGAGACCCCUGUGAUCGAGCUGGGCGCGCGCGGGGGCCCGGGGGGCGGCCCCGCCGGUGGGGGCGGCGCCGCGCGAGACUUAAAGGGCCGCGACACGGCAGCGGCCGAAGCGCGCCAUCGGGUGCCGACCACCGAGCUGUGCAGACCUCCGGGGCCCGCACCCGCGCCCGCCCCGGCCCCCGCGGAGCUGCCAGGCGACGGCCGGAUGGUGCAGCUGAGCCCGCCCGCGCUGGCGGCCCCCGCCGUCCCCGGCCGCACGCUGCUCUACAGCCUCAGCCAGCCGCUGGCCUCGCUCGGCAGUGGGUUCUUUGGGGAGCCAGAUGCCUUCCCUAUGUUUGCCACCAACAACCGAGUGAAGAGGAGACCCUCUCCUUAUGAGAUGGAGAUUACUGAUGGUCCCCAUACCAAAGUCGUAAGGCGCAUUUUCACCAACAGCCGGGAGCGAUGGCGGCAGCAGAAUGUGAAUGGGGCCUUCGCUGAGCUCCGCAAGCUCAUCCCCACGCACCCCCCAGACAAGAAGCUCAGCAAGAAUGAGAUCCUCCGCCUGGCCAUGAAGUACAUCAACUUCCUGGCCAAGCUGCUCAAUGACCAGGAGGAGGAGGGCACCCAGAGAGCCAAGGACCCCGUGGUGGGGGCUGGAGGAGGGGGUGGGGGGGGAGGGGGUGGUGCACCUCCAGACGAUCUCCUGCAGGAUGUACUGUCCCCCAACUCUAGCUGUGGCAGCUCCCUGGAUGGGGCAGCCAGCCCGGACAGCUACACAGAGGAGCCCGCACCCAAGCACACAGCCCACAGCCUCCAUCCUGCCAUGCUGCCCGCCACUGAUGGAGUGGGCCCUCGGUGAUGGGUCUGGGACCAGCCUGGGCCAGUCAGGAGGGUGCCCUCAGGCCACUGGGACUGUGGGCUUCAGGGCAGGUGGGUGAAGACUGGGCAGCUCUGAAGUAGGUCAAUGGACUUGAUGAGCUUUCCUUGAUGCCUGAACUUUGGGAAGCCCAAACUACCCCCGGGGCUGGCUUUCUCGUUUCCUGCCUCAGUGGGAGAACGAAAAAUGGAGCAAAGUGGUAG